AUGAGAAUUCUCUAUGCAUAUGAAGUAGGAGGAGUAGAGCAAACAUAUAACCAGCACGCACUAGAUAUCACCGCGCCUGACCUAGAAAGCGGUCUUUCUCGCGAAAUCCUUCUUAAAUAUCUCAAAGAUGACGGAGCUCAAGUAAAUGAUGAAAGUGUUUUAAGUAUUUAUAACGAAUCCCGCAGCGCCUACGUCACCCUCAGAAAAGGCGAUUUCGUUUCUUCAGACUUAGAAGUCCGGGUUCUGAUCCGCAAAGGCCAUUCCCCUUCAGUUCACGAACUUCUUCAAAAAAUUGAAGCUCUUGAAAAACAGGUCCAUAUGCUUCAGAAAAAAUUAGAAACCAGGGUAGAAACGACAGCAGCCAGAACUUAUGCUAUAAGAGGGUCUAUUAUAUUAACAGCUUACUCAGAAAUCGACGUAGCCAUGCUUCACAGCUCUCCUCUGGUUACUUCAAAUAAUGGGGUCAUCAAAUCUAUAGAAGAUUCCAGCCUAGACUUCGAAGGCGAAAGAAGAAAUUUAAUUGAAUAUUUAGAAUCAAGAGACGCUGGCUGCGAUAUUAGGUUUGAGGUCGCAAAUACAGAAAACUUGUAUGAACUUUUGGACUAUAAGCCUAAAAUUAUUUAUAUUUCUUCACAAGGAUAUUUGGUGAAAAGAGAAAAUGGGUCAGAAUUUGUACUGGGGUUUGAAAAAAGAGGUGGGGUUGAAGAUAUGGGGAUUUUAGAUGAAGUCGAUGCAGAUAGACUGAAGAAAAUAUUGGGCUCUGCGUCGACCUAUUUUCAAAUAGUAAUUUUUAAAGGGUGCUAUUCACAAGAAAUAGGGGCAAUGCUGCAGAAUGCAGGGUUUAACUGUGUGGUGACUGUGCAUGAUCUGGAUGGAGACAUCCAUGCGAAAACUUUUGUAGCUGAAAUGUGCAGGAGUCUUAUUAAAGGAGAUUUCAUUGAAAAUGCUUUCAAAAAAGCAGUGGUGACUAUAGAAGAUAAAAAUAAAAUUUCAAGCUGCUGUUGUGCACAUAGACAUAAACCAAAUUGCUUGUGGAUGAAUAAGAUCCAGUGCUCAAAUAAAAUGGAAAUCCACCGAGAGCAUGUCCCAGAGUCUUGUAGAUGCAAAUUUGGCAGCAAUAUUCAUAGUAUCAACUGUGCUUGGGCUCAAAAUUUCAUGACUGACUAUACACCUGAGAGGCAGCUUACAGACGAUGAGCUUUUGAGUCAGAAAUUUGUAAUUUGCUGCUGCUCUCCUGAAAUUAAUCAUGCAAAUAUCAAAUUUAGCAUGCUUUAUAACGACUCUAGUAUCCUAGAACAAGUUUUGUUAGAAAACAACGGGAAAACUAGCAUUGAAAUAAAAUCCCCGCUUCCUGCCCAUUUAAAGCCUCCAUAUGUAGAAAAAAUCACAGUUGGAAGAAGAAAACAAAUAAGGCAGCUGGCAGUGCUUGCUUCAGUAAAUCGAUGUGUAGAAGUUAUCGGGCAAUGCGGGAUUGGGAAGACCAUGCUUGUGAAGCGUGCUGCACAAUAUGUGUAUGAGAGAAGGAUUUUUAAAGAAGGCGUUGUGUAUUUGGAUUUCAUGAUGAGAACUGAUAUCAUCUUUAUGUACCGCUAUAUAGCAAGCACGCUGAAUUUGCCAUCAAUAAAUAACCUUAAUGAGCUUUGCAAAGCACUUGACAACCUUGAUGUGCUACUUAUUAUUGAUAAUAUUGACCCUCUUCUAAAGCAAGAAAAUUCAACUUUAAAAGAAACCUAUUCGUCACUGAUAAACAAUACGACUGCGCCGAAGUUUAUAAUAGCGACCCAAAAAGAGCUGAAUUUUUCGCAUUCAGAGAAAUUCAUAGUCAAGCCUUUAAAAACUAGGGAAGCUGCCAAACUGCUGGUGAAUUUGGUAGAUCCUAAUUGAAAGCUGAAAUCGGAUUAUAUUAAGCACCCAGAGUCAAUUGAAAGUGAUUUUUUUGAUAAAAUUGGAACUCUGCCUGCAGCUAUUCAACAAAUAGCGCCUCUUUUUAAAGACUAUUCGUUAGAAGAACUCAGUUUGCAAGCUUCAGGAAGUUUAGAUAACUUUAAUCAGCAUUCAGCUAAGGAUUCAGAAAAAACGCUUUCAAUGUCUCUUACUCAUGUUAAUAAUAAAUUGAACAAAACUUCUGAUUUUUUGAAACUUUUAUGCUAUUUGCCAUCUGGAGCUUUCAAGAUUAAUAUCGAUUAUUUAUGCAGAGGCACAAUACUUGACUAUAUGAAAAUUUUAAUUACUUACUUAGUUUAAGUGUGCAAGAUUCUGCAGCAGGAUGAUUAAGGCAUGCUUAGGCCCCCCCUUAUAACUUCUGACUAAUGGUAUGGCGGGCAAAUCUACUCUCAUAAAAUUUUUGAGGCAUUCCGAAACUUCCACGACUGACCAGCCUGGCCAGAGUUGCCAACGGGACACAUUAAUUUGCUGUGCACUUGACUCCUACGCGUGCCAUCUAAGGGUUACCCUAGGGUAUUUAGACUCUUAUGCUUUCUAGAAUGCUUGGGCCAUCCUAUCUUACUUAUACGAUAACCCUUUAGCAUUGUGGAUAAAGGAAAGCCAGAUAGACCGAACCCUAUAAUAAUAAAUAUCUCGUAGGAAGAAGUGUUUCUCGGAAAGUAUCACUUCCAUACGUAGCCAUUUUAUUAUUAUAUAUGAAAAUUUUACAGCUAUUAAACACUGAAGGCCAUACCUUAAAUACAUGGUUUUUACAUAGUGACCCUAAUUUUGAAUUUGUACUUGUCAGAAGUAAUGUUGCGAAUUAUUUGGAAACACACUAUUCUAAUCGUCCAGAAUUCGCUACAAAGGUAAUUGAGCACUUAGCUGUUUUCGCUAGGGCUCUUUUAAAGUGCUUUUUACUUGGGUCUUCUCCAAUAGGCGCCGAAGUAAAAGGAAGCUUAUUUUUUGUGAAUGCUGCAAUAGACUAUAAAAUGUGAAGCAGCCAAUUUCCUGACCUAAGCGACCAGCUAGCUGAGCAGCUUGAAAAAGAACCAAUUAAACCUCGAGACAUGUUUGCAAAAAUUGAAGCAAAUUUCUGGUAUUAUAUGAACAUUGAUCAAUUAAAGCGGGCUUUAGGCAUAAAUGAUACUAUCCCUGAAGAAACUGCUAAGGCCCUAGGAGAAAUCAUGAACUGUACAGCAGCAAUUUUCAUUAUUCUAGGAAAAAAUGCAGACGCUCUAGAACUGCUUGAUAGAGCUAAAAAAUGUUGUGAAGCUUUUAAUCUGGAUAAAUACCAUAGCAUGAUCAAUUUAACCUAUGCUUCUUUAUUAUCCGCAAAUCCAAAUAAUUUUGAUAAAGCGAUUGACUUAAUUGAAGCUGCGAAAAAUUAUUUUAUUGAAGCAGACGAUAGAGAAGGCCAAGCUGAAUCCAACUUUUUACAAGCAAUGAUAAAGGAAUUUAGAAGCACCAGCAGUGAAGGCACAUUAAUUCUUUCAAGAAGGUCAACACAGACUGACUUAGAAGGCCAAUUAGAGCUAGCUGAUACAAGAUUUAGAGAGUCAGAAAAUAAUUUAGGCUGUGCUAGAGCUCAGCUAGCCUUGGCAGAGUACAAGCUUAAAUAUGAAAGCAACGAAGCUGACGUGCUUGAUAAACUAGAAAAUGCCAGAGUUGUGUUUGAAGAACUUGGCAGGACUUAUUGGGAAGCUCGAGCUACCAUUUGUCUAGGCGACUGGUAUUGCUUUGGGAAAAACUGGAUUAAAGCGAGAGAUAUCUAUACUUCAGCUUUAAACUUAACAAAGAGAAAUGGGGACAGGAAGCAAGAAAUCGAAGUCACAGAAAAAAUAAAAAAAUCAAAUGAAAUGAUCAGAAAAAAGAGCAAAAAUGUAAUAGCUUUGUUAAAGUCCUCACCACUGGUUGAAAAAACCAAUAGCAUACAAAGGGUAGGCGCAGUUUGCCGAUUUCCAUCUGAAUUUAUAGCAAAUUGUAUUAAAUAUUUAUUUUAAUAAAAUAAUUAUUUUUAUUUAAACUAUCAAAGUAUAGAACAAAUCUUAAAGCAGAACUCGCUGAAACUGGAAAAGAAGUCUGUGUAAGAUUUGAUAUUGGUUCUAAAGCAAAACUUAAAGAAUACUUGCAAGAAAAUUGCAGAAUCUUGCAUAUUGCAAGCGAAGUCCCAAGAAAUAAUUGCUUGAUUUUUGAAAAAGAAAAUGGCGUUGCAGAAAUUCUGACUAAAGAAGACUUGAAAAAUGAAAUUGUAGGAUUUCAGCAGUAUGGAGUUGAAGUUCUAGUCUUAGCAAUGCCAUUUAGUGUUCAGCUUGGAGAAUUCUGCCGCCAAGAGCUAGGAGUUCCCCAUGUCAUUGCAUUUGGCAUGCCAGAUUACCCUAAGGAUGGAGAACCUAUUCACCUAUAUUUGGCAUUUGAAUCGGCAAUUCAUACUUUUUGUAUCAGUUUUUACAAAAAUCUUGUGUCUGGGCUGACAGUAAGGACUUCAUAUCUUGAAGCCAAAGAAGAAAUGGAGCUAUAUCUAGACGAGCAGUCAAGAGAAUUUGGCUACUUAGAGUUUAUGGGUAAAUAUUUUGAGCAGUGGUGGGAAGAAUACCACAGAAAUGAGCCAGUUCUCAUAAAUGAAAUAAGUGGGAUUCAUGAUUCCCCAAUAUUUUUUGAAGAUGGCCCAGAAUAUCCUAAAAACUCUUCACUUAUUGAUAUGAGCACUCCUAGAGCUCCAAGCAACAUUGAGAAAAAAACAAAAUGCUUUAUAGGCCGACAAGUAGAACUUUACAACAUAAUUGAGGCCUUAAACGACUCUUCUUCAUGUGUCCACAUAACUUCUGCUGAAGGCGUCGGAAAGUCUGAAUUUGUGAAAUAUUUAGGAUAUUAUUUGAAUAUCAGAGACAAAUACCCAGAUGGGAUUUAUUUAUUGGAUCUACAAGGAAAAUCAUCAUUAAAUGAAGUUUAUGAGCUGUUCCAAAAAGUAGGGCUUGCGUUUUAUUCGUCUGAUAUUGAUCCAAGAACAUUUUUAUACCAGCAAAGGCUUUUAUUGAUUCUUGAUAAUUGUGAUGCGUUAAUGACGCAGGCAGAAAUUACUUUUAACAGCUUGCUGAGAAUAUUUUUAAAAGAAUGCAAAAUAUCGGUAAUAUUAACAUCAUGCGCUCAAAUAACCACAGAUGAUUCGUAUAAUAUCAAAAGAUUUGCGUUGCGCCAUUUAAAUAACCAAGAAUCAUAUCAGCUUUUAGCUUUGAAAAGUCCGAAAUUCACAAGCCAAAGGUUAGAAGCAGAAAGAGAUAGGCCGGAAUUUAACCAAACAGUAUAUGAAAUAAUUCGAGAAUGCCAAGGAAUUCCUAGAAAAAUAUUAAUUUGGGCGAGAAGACUGGAAAAGCAGGAUUCAAAAAAUAUUUCACUGCUGCUUUCUUUGAAGAAUAUGAAUAAUACAGCUUCUGAGCCUACAAGUCCAUUGUUUGAAGAAGAUUUGCCAUCAUUAGAGUUAGUUAGAAGUAGCACAAAAGAUGAAUUCUUAACAAGAUCGAGAACAGUUGAGCCAUCAUCGAUAGCAUAUCAAAGCCAAGAAGGCGAUUGGUUCAUUAAGACAGAUCUCAAGAGAAAUUCUUUAUUCCCUUACAAAUAG